AUGAACUCUCAGCAACAAUCACAGCCUCAGUUUCAGCCAGGUCAAUACGCGUAUCCUCUUGUGGCAGGACAAGCUCCACAGAUUCAGCAUCAGUCUUCGAACGCGCAACAGGCCUUGCCACAGUCGCGCUUUACAGCAGAGCAGGCACGCAAGGAUAGAACGCUCGCUGAAUUCAUGUUGAUGCUAGAUGAUUAUGAACCUCUGAUACCGGAUGAAGUGACUGAUUAUUAUCUGCAUCGCUCUGGGUUCGAUUGUCAGGAUGUCAGGCUGAAACGGCUCCUGGCACUUGCCGCACAGAAGUUUGUGUCUGACAUCGCUGCGGAUGCGUAUCAACAUGCACGUAUACGCACAAACGCAGCUGGCGGGCGCACACGCGCAAAUCAGCCACCUGGGGCUGCAGCAAGGAAGGCUCGUACGACUUUGACCAUGGAAGAUUUGAGUGCUGCUCUUGCAGAGUAUGGGAUCAAUUCGCGCAAGCCUGAGUUUUACAUGUAG